ACGCAAUGCGGCGAUCAAAUCGGUAAAGAUGUAAGACCGUGGAGUCACAUCGUCAGCUCUUGCGUGCCAGUCUGUAAAGUCACGACGAGGUCUGAGCACCAAGCGAAUCGAAGCGACGGUCUGUAGUAGCUGCGGGCGCGCGCUAGUGUCGGCAUCGUUGCUGCUCGUAUACCUUUUAAUAUCCGCCUUCUCCUCUCCAACUUUUGGAAUCCCAAAAGUAGUAUAGAGAACCGGUUUCUCUUUCUCUCUCUUUCUCUUUCUCUCUCUUCCUUUUUCUCCCUCGACUAGUGAGCAGCGGCAUAAGCCAGCGUACGGAAUCGACAGUCAGUGAAUUACGAAAUUAUUCUGGAUAUGAACUCUUCGACACUCGUCGGAAAUCCGAAUGUCAUGGUCGCAGGGCCACCUCCACCGCCACCUCCUCCACCUCCCGUGCCUGGUCAAUUACCGGCUAUGAGGAUAAACACUGCCCAAAAUGCAACAGUAAAGAAGCCGCAAGUGGUUAGCAACGAUGUUUAUGAGCCGCCAGCAGCCAUCCAGAAUGCCAUGCUAACGAAGGAUAAGAAACCCUUCACUUAUACCCCGGGUAUGGGUGGCAAAUUAGAUCUCUCGCAGAUUCGCAGUCCACGAAUGGCGAGAAGAGUGGCGAAGAAUGCUAAUGACGAAGGUAUAGAGGGACCACCAAAAUCUGCUAUCGAGCAACCAAAGCAAUCGCCCGCAAUUUCGCCCGCAGCGAAUCUCUUAGUGCCUCAGGUCGCGGUACCUGUUUUUCCUUGCAAUGUGCCACCUCAGCCUCCCAAUAGGAUGUCACAAUCACCUUCAGUCAAUAGAACAUUGUCGAACGCUGUAGACAAGCAAGCGGAACCAGCAAGGAACAUUAUGAAAGUGGAUACGAAAGUAGUGCCAGUCGCAGUCACGUCGAGUCAGUCGAGCACUCCUGAAAGUCCGAGCACCCCGACCCAAGUUACUUUAGCUAAAGCUCCUACACCUUGGCUGCAAAAUAAAAACAAGCCCCAAGAAGAAUUGCCCGAAUGGGCUAAACGCACGAAUGGCAAUAAAACGGUUGGCAACGAUCUUUCAGAGGACGUAGUUUCUCCGGUUUACGUUCAAGUUCAGCAACUGUCUCCGCAAUGUUCGCAACCGAAACAAAAGCAAGAGCAAAAGCAAUAUUCGAUUCCGCAGCAUCAACAAACGAGACCGCAACAGUUACCUCAACAGCCGCAGCAGCAGAGGCGGAAUGCCGAACCUGUAAUGUCACCCCAAACUAAUUCGCAAUCGCAACACGAACGCGUUGUACCCAUCCGAAUCGAUGAUAGACCAUCGGUAUUUGAUGCGAAGCGUGAAUCUGGUCAUCAUCAGUUUAAACAGCCUCCAACUGUGCAUCAUCAGCAACGAUGGGGUCAAGUGCCCGCGCAACAUACAGUGGAGAAUCAAACGCAGAAUUAUCCGCAGAAUCAAAAACAGCCUCAGAUUUAUGCCACAUCUCGGCCAGAACAACCGGUUGGAACAACUUAUAUUAUCCCCCUUGUAGUGGAAGGUAGCGAGAAGAGAACGAUGCCACCAAAUAUAGCAGCAAGAGUGGUGCAACAGCGGAGUCCCGAUAUUAAUCAACAACAGGAGCCUGGCCCGAUUCAAUCGCGAUCAUUUCGUGUCCUUCAAAAAAUUACGGACACGGAUGAAUUCAAUGAUGUUGGUUCAGAACAAAUACGUAAAAUGGAAUUAAGCGAAGAUGAAAAACUACUCAUGAGUAAAUUUAAAGAACAAGUCGAUCAUGAGACUUAUCUCCAUCAAGAGAAAGAUCCGAGAUAUCGUGGUGCGGCAAUACCUUCACGAGCUUUCCGUUUUUUACAAAAUAUGACAGAAGCGAAUGAUAACUCAGUUUGCGCUGCGCCACAUAAUGUACAAAACGUUGCGAAUAAGAGGCAAAAUAGAAAUUCUAAGUCGUUCGAAGAGAUACAGGCAAACUUGCCACCUAGUGAACAACAAGUACCAGAACCGAAGAAAUACACGGGUAGUGCAAUUCCUUCUCGAUCCUUCAGGAUAUUACAAGCGAUGACAGCAUCGGAAAACGAUGCCACACAAGAAAAUCGUCAAGCAGAUUACACCUGUCGAACAGAGAAUAACUUGCCGGGCAAUCAGCAAGAUGCAUUCUUCUCUCCUCGACCCGUUCCCUUCUGGUCGCAUUCCGAAGGUUGGUGGGGCUAUUAUCCUGUGACGUAUAAUGCUCCAUCCAAAAAGCCCGCGAACGAAGCGAACGAACGCUCCUUUCCUUACCUACGAUAUCCAGACGAAAACGCGUGCGUUGGAUAUGAAUUUUUUUAUCCGGUUUAUGACGAGAACUUUACCGACGUGACACGGAUGAGAGCUGUAGACCGAGAAAAUUCCUCAGACCAAUACGGUUACGUUGCCGUGAUUUGUCCUCAACCGGGUCACUAUGCUCAAUCGGACGUUGAUACAAAUAACUACAACUACAAUCGCUGUAACACUAUCCAUUCGUCUCCCGCUCAGAACGAUAGAUAUUUUGUGCAAAACGGCUCGGUCAAUGAAUCAGGAAACACCUUGCCCGACGAGAUUAAUCACUUGGAUGCACAGUCGAAUGAGGGGUACAAUCCCAAAAAUGUUUGCGAGAGCUACGACAGUGACAGAAAUUGUCUUAUGACGGCGAUGAACAUAGUUGACGAGGAAGACGGCUCAUCGGACAAACCCAACGAAACUAUAAUCUCUAAUAACAUCGAAAAAUCUAAGAAGACAUUUGGCCUGCAUAUUAACGUGCCUAAUUACACAUAUGUAGACACUAGCGAUUCUAGUGAUUCCAGCGAUUGCAGCGAUUCCAAUGAUUCGAGCGACUCCAGCGAUUCUAUCUCCGAUAACGAGCACUUUUCGGAUUCUUGCCGGAAAUAUUGUAACGAUACUAUGUCCAAUAAUACAUUAUCGAAUAGUGAUUCGGAUUCAUACGAGGGUUAUUCUAUGGAUUUAAAUACUUACGAGAAACUGAAGAUAAAUCCGCGUGCUAUUUCUUCUGAUAAGAAUAGUACUGAUCCCACUGCUCAUUCGGAAUGCUCGACUAAUGUUGAUAAUGUUGAUAAUUCAUGCGGACAUUCGCAAAACGAUUCCGAGAAUAGUAACGACAAGAUACUUCCUAAGAAGAAUCAUAUCGAUUAUUCGAACGAUCGAAAUUCUUGCGUAACGUUGAAACAAGAUCUCGCGACGCAGGGAUGCAACGAGGAGGAUCACAUCGAUAAUCAAGGUAAUCUCGACUCUUGUUCCAGUAAGACGAAUUCUAUAGGCAACAGCGUAUCGAAUACGGAACAGCGCGGUCAAGAGAACCCGGUAACUGACAACAUCGUUCCUCAUCAGUUGAGUAUAAUUUACGAGGACGUGGAACGAUUGAGUUCUGAGAGUCUUUAUAGCGAAAGUAAAAAGAAAAUCGAUGGACAAAAUAAAACUUCUCUCGAGAUGAUCGAUGAUCCGCCUGACGACGCCGAAGCUACGAUGGUCAGCGUGAGUUUACCCCUGAAAUUCAAGUUUUCUGUGUCUGAAGACAAUGAGGAUAUCACUACCGUGACAGUUGGCAAUAGCGAAAUAAAGGCAGAAAAAUCCUGCGGCGGAUAUUCCGUGAAAAAUGAUAACAACGACGACGUUUGCGUCAACUACCAUAUUGGCAACGACACUAGCGUGGAUUUUACUGUGAAGAGACACACGUCAGAUGAAACGUGCGCAACUGCGAGCACAAGAGAUAAGGCGAGUAUUGAUACCGCGGUACCACACGUGGACUUCACUUUCAAGAAAGAUCCGACGAAUGUUAGCGAAACUAACUGCAAAGAACAGAACACAGAGACGGGAUUUCCAGUUACAAAAACCACGGGAUCUCAUGGAAUAAUCUUUAAGGAAUCAGCGUCGAAGAAUGCCGGUGACUGUAUCACUGAUUCCGAAUCGGUAACAGCUACGCAAGAUACAUUAGUAAACGAUGGAAAUUGUAUCCAAGCGGAAUCCGCUUGUAACAAUUUCGGAGACAUCGAUGUCAGCGGAACGACCGCCGAGUCGAAACUCGUCACGUCCGAACGUUCUUGGAUGCGAAAUUUCGAGACGCUCCAAGUUCCCGUCGUCGAUACAAAUCAAACAAGUCAGAAGAACUGUUGCGUAAUUGCGGAUAACAAUGAUGAUCGAUGUAUCGACCCGGAACUCUAUCAGACAGACACGAAAUACUUGCUGAGUGUCCAAGACUCUCGUGAAGACACCGAUGACGAGGAUAGUGGAGUUACUUCCGAUAUAAGCCGGAUGAUAUCUGAGAUCGACACGGAGUGUCGCGAGAUCGACACAGAUUCGGAAUGUGCCACUUCGAAAAAGCAAAAGAAGUAUCAACGAACGCAAACGCACUCGCGACUCUUUCGGCUUCUGAACGACGACUCCAAUUUGUCCGAUUGUAUAACCAGCACAGAUCCUGGUUCCAGAAAGGAGUAUCUCAGCUUGCCGCUUAAGACGAACGCGUUCAACUACGACGACAGUUAUUGCUCCAACUAUUCCAGCGGUUUAACGUCCCCCGAAUAUUCGCCUAUUCACGAGCAGUCCUGUCGAAAGUUUCACGACGCGGCGACGAGCGGAAAUGCCGCGAGCUUACCGGACGUUAAGCCUCACCAUUCGGAACAGAUCCCCUCGAAAGACAAUUCGUAUUUUCUGUCCUGGAAGAACGCGAAGUUGCCUAAUCUACACGAGCACGAUGCUAUACCCUCUUUAGCUUUCAAGAUCCUCAACAGUAAGACGCCCCUAUGGACCUACAAGGUGAACGUACUGUGCCCGAGAAUCAAGAGUACGAAAAGCGUGCCGCAAGCCUUGCUGGCACGGCAAAUCGACAAGAACUAACGAUUCCGUCGGUGAUCACCUCCUAUUCCCGACAUCCUUGUGCGAACGCUAAACCAACUAUUGCUGACGGCCUUAGGGUAGAAUGGGGGCCAUUUUGCCGCUGCGAACAACCGCUCUCCAACCGAUCCACGGGACAUAUUUUUUUCUCGAUUCUCUUCACAAGACAGGGCUGAGUGUGCCCAAGGCGCUCUACGGGCUACGUGAUUUUUUUUUCUAUCGGUCCCGAUACAACUGAUUACUGAGGAUUGGUGAAAUUCUGCUUAGAGACAGAGUCGGAUUAUUUAGUGCGCUUUUUUUCUAUUUUGUUUACAAUAAUCCAUAGUACUUACGUCGCCGCUUGCCGAUCCAUCGACGAAAAAUUAAUCAAAGGUUGUCUUCAAAGUGGGCUGUAAAUCGCUUAUAAAUUAUUUGGAUUUUAGUAUCUAAUGCUUGCGCGUUGAAUGGGACUUGGCCCCAUAUAAUUUUUCCAACAAUAUGAAAAUAUUGAAUUUUGUUUUUAAUCGUUAUUAUAUAAUGAUAUUGAGUAUUUGUAUUAUGUGUAAUAUUCUGUAAGUAAUUAAUUUAAAUUCGCUUUUAAAAUUUCAAUUAACUAUAAUAAGCAUUAAUUUUCAAGAUUUUUAAAUCUAUUUCCUAAGAAAAAAGUACUUGAACAGUCUUAUUAAGAGACUGGCUGCCUGUUGUCUACAUGUUGCAAUUAUAUAUAUAUAUAUUAUAUUAUGUGAGCACAAACACGUUUGUUUAAAGAUGAAUGGAUCGCUAUAGAAAUUGUAAUAACACUCUUUUUAAAAAUAUUAAUCAUAAUUUAAAAGUAUAUGUGUAAACGUACAUGUGUAUACAUAUAUGUAUUGUUAAUCUUGUUACCUGAAUCUAUCACUGUAUUACUUAUCCAAGAUGUAAAAUAAAUUAUUUAUAAAAUUGA